CCGAACGUACCCCCUAGUUACCGUCGUCGUGGAGUAGCGUGAACCAGGAAUUGUUGUUCUUUGUACAUGGAACGUAAACAGAUUUGGGAAUGAACUGCAGUUCAGAAAAGCUGCUGGAAAAUUCAUUCCUACAUCAGAAAUUCAGAUCUCCUCCCCCAAAGCCACCUCGCCGUAGACUUUCUGAGCAACUAGUCUCAGAUAAACCAGCUGCAGGUGAACUGAAGCAUGGUGAUGGAUACCAUCUUCAAAGUAUAGACUCUCAUAAAAAUGCAUCUUUGCCUGCUAACUGGACUACGGAUUUUGGGCAUCUCAUAGCAGAAAAAUGUUUUCUCAGUACGAGUCCUUACAAUUCUUCAAGAUACCAAAAAAAGUCGCUGUUUGAUAAAUUUCCUCUUGAAAGUCAAUGUGAGAGAAAUGUUCUUAAUGUGGAAAAUACAAAUGACUUACAUAAAAAUGCUAAUGAAUAUCCUUGUUUUCCUCAGCCCCAAAAAAAGGAAAUGGCUCUUUUAAGGACUCCUUUAAGAAACUGUACAGAAAAUAUGAAAAAACAACUAAGCUCUAUUGUUCAGAAAAAUAAAAAUGGCGUACUGAAUUUCAACCCUCAUCACUCUAAAUCUCAUUAUCGUCAUCACAGUGAUCCAUUGCUACCUUGUUUCAGUCAAGAGUUGAAACAUGAUUCUGACACGUUUGAUUGUCAUAAGUCUUUUGUAGUGAGGCAACAAAAUGAAUUACAAAAUGAAACAAAUACACAAUCAAAUGCAUGCUUGGCAUGCAAAGAAAUUAAUUGUUUGCUAGAAGAAACAAGAAUAUUGAAGGAAAUCAAUGAUAAGUUAUGGCAAAAUCUCAUAUCUGUGCAAUCUACACUCGAAAAUAUUCAGAAUGUGUCUUCUUGCACAAGUGGCAAAACUCCAUUUGCAGAAUUUCUUUCUGAAUUUUACUAUGCUCAGAAAGCUAAAGAAUGUGCCAUGGAAGAGAGAUUAAAAGUUGUUAUAGAAGAUAGAAAUUCUGCUUUUCUAGAGAUUGACCACAUGGUGGAAGCAGUGGUUGGCCUACGAUGUGAAGAAUCAGUGGAAAGUGAUGGCCUUGAAAAUUCAUUACAGAGUGCAGGAAAAUGUUCAGAUAAGGAUUUACAAGAAAUUAUGCAAGAGAUUGAGACAGUUGACAAUCCAAUUACUCUUUUGCGAAAACAAAAACAGCUGUUAAGCCAUAUUUAUCGCUCUAAAGAAGCUAAAAAUGAUUUUUUAUCUAAUGAAUUAAGGCUUGUACUUAAGGAAAGAGAUAACCUACAGGAAAAAGUUAAGUCCUUAGAAAUGGAGUUAAAGGACUUAAAACAAUGUAAUGAUCUUAGGCAUAUGGAUCAGAAGCAUUGGGAGGACAGUUUGCUUGAAAUGUUUUGUUACGUAGUUCAACAAAGGAAUUUUAUUCUUUCAAAAAUGGAUAGUAUUCAAAACACUGGUAUUGUUUGUCAGAGGCCUUUUAAAAUUCAGAAACUUAUUUCAACGGAAAAUUAUUCUAGUUCAGAACAUGUAUCACUUUCACAAGGUGGUAGUAUGGUACCAAAGUCUAAUAUCUCCUCUCAUCCCAAUAUAUGUGUACAGAACUGUGACAUUUUUCUGAAAAACCCUAAAAUUUUAAAAGAUGAAGUGACCUUACUAACUAAUGCUUUGGACAUUGAAAUACAUAAAAAUGAAAAAAUUGAAGCCAAAUGUCAAAGGUUAGAAAGACUUGUUCAUGUUCUUCAGAAGAAAAUUGCCUGUAAAAGCUCAGGAAUUUUUGUAUAGAUAAUUAUAUAUUCUCUUUAACUUCUAGUCAUUUGCUGGACUUUUUCCCUAGUCUUCAAAUGAUGAAUAUUUAUAUGUUUUGUACAUAGAAUUUUGUUUCAAUAAAAUAU